UUCGUAUUGUGUGAUUGAGGUUAUGUCUAUGUUAUUGGGAGUUUGUUUUUGUUGGGCGAAGUUAAUUGGUUAGGAUAAUUUUAUUCUUGAUUUGUGUUUUAUAUAAGCAACAUGGGGAAAAGGAAAUCCAAAAAGGGAAAGACGGUGAAGAAUAAUCCCAACAGAGGUGAGGCUGAGCCAGAAGAAGUUACCAGAGCUCCUCAUUCAUUUGUAAUACACAGAGGUUCUGUUGGAAAGACAAUUGUUGACUUCACUAAAGACUUCAGGAAAGUGAUGGAGCCGUUUACUGCAUCUUCUCUUAAGGUUAGAAAGAAAAAUGUACUGAAAGACUUUGCUGCAGUGGCUGGCCUACUUCAUGUCUCUCAUCUUGUAAUGUUCACAAGCACAGAGUUAGGAAGUUAUGUUCGGUUUGGCCGAUUCCCACGAGGUCCUACGCUGACAUUCCGCAUGUUGAAGUACUCGUUGGCUCGAGAUGUAUUGGCCCAAAUAAGAAAACAGUAUGCAUGUGACAAGGCCUUCAGAAAUUUCCCAUUGGUUGUUCUGAAUAACUUCUCUGGCGAAGGAGCUCACAUGAAACUGAUGGCUACAAUGUUUCAGAACAUGUUUCCUACAAUAAAUCUAACUAAGGUGAAUCUGGACACAAUCCGCCGGUGUGUUCUCUUUAAUUACAACCAUGAGGACAAAACUAUAGAGUUCCGUCACUAUGUGAUCAGAGUGACACCCGUAGGUCUAACUAAGGGGGUCAAGAAAGUUGUCCAAAGCAAGGUGCCCAACCUAGGCAAAUACAACGAUGUGUCAGAGUUUAUUUUAAGAGGAGAUGUGUCGGAGAGUGAGGCGGAAGAUGACGGAGACAGUCAUGUGACUCUGCCUCAGAAGAUCUCGGCCAGAGGUAACGUACAGGACGGCCAGUCGGCCAUCAGGCUCAGUGAGAUCGGCCCACGCAUGACACUGCAGUUAAUCAAAGUAGAAGGAGGCUUGUGUGAAGGAGAGGUAAUCUAUCAUGACAUCAUAAAGAAAACUCCUGAAGAAAUUGCCAUCAUCAACAAACGGAGAGAAGAGAAAAAACGGUUGAAAGAACAGCGCAAGAAGCAACAAGAAUUGAAUAAACAAGAAAAAGAUAAGAAGAAAGAUGAGCUUAAGAAAAAAUCUUUGGAAGGGAUUGAGAGGAAGAAAAAGGAAUAUUUGUCUGAAAAUGAAAAAUUGAUGGUGAAGUCUGUGGAAGAGGGUAACAUAGGGGAAGACGAUGAGGAAAGUGACUCUGAGUGGUACCGUAAGGAAGUAGGGGAGAAUCCUGAUAAAGAUCUAUUCUCUCAAAGGAAAACAGUUGGGAUGAAGCGGAAGUUUAUUCCACGGGAUCUACACAAAAAUAAAAGAUUUAAAAGUGAUUCUUCAAAUAAGGAUCACAAGGAUCAAAAAGGUCAUAAGGAUCAAAAAGGUCAUAAGGAUGAAAAAAGACAUCAAGGUCGUGGGGGUGCCAAGCUUCAUGGGAGGAAAGAAGGCAGUAAGAACAUGCAGUCAAAGCAUAAUUUUGGAAAGAAAACAAAUCCAAAAGGAAGGAAGCGAGUCAUGGGUAGUAAAGUCCACAAAGGCCAGAGGCAUCGGUAAUGGUUUUUUGUGUUAACAUUUUCUGACUUUUCUAUGUAAAUAUAUUGUUUUUAAAUAGAAA